CAUUUGUAGAGACGUUGGUUCUGGUACUGUGGAUGGCUGGUGAGAGCAGUGGAGUUACCAGAAUAUCCUUGCGCAAAUCUAAAAAGGACAAUCCAAACAGUUGGAGGUAACAGCAAGAAGAGAAUACGCAAUUCAAUUGUGCAGUGAGAGCGAGAACGAAGCUCACUGCUGCUUAGAUUCUCUCUCUCUCUCUCUCUCUCUCCUCCUCUUCAUUACCUCUCUUCAUCUAAUUAUCUCCAUCUUUACACUGCUCUCUCUCUCUCUUCUCUGGUUUUCUUCUUUGGUUUCCUAUGAUUGUUGAGGAGAGCGAGCUCGUGGAAAAGGCCGGGAACUGAGUCGACUCGGGCCGAGUCAUGGGAAGCUGCCUGUCCUCGCUUUCGCCACGGCGACUGUGGCGGCGGGCGGAGGAGAAGAGCAACUGCGCCAGACAACAGCAACAGCAGCAGCAGCAGAACAAGAGCGCGGCCUCGGCGUUUAACGCCACGUCGUUUGCGAGCAGCAAGAGUCCGGAAUUGGCCGACGGAAAAGACGCAGCGGCGGCGCCGGGAUUCUCGGAGUUCUCGCUGGCGGAGCUGAAAUCCGCGACGAACAACUUCAGCUCCGACUUCAUCGUCUCCGAGAGCGGCGAGAAGGCCCCCAAUGUGGUCUACAAGGGCCGCCUCCAGAAUAACAACCACCGCCGCUGGAUCGCCGUCAAGAAAUUCGCCAAGCUCGCCUGGCCUGACCCCCAACAAUUCGCCGAUGAAGCUUGCGGAGUAGGGAAGCUGAGGCAUAAGAGGCUAGCCAAUUUGAUUGGAUAUUGCUGCGACGGCGACGAGAGGCUGCUGGUGGCUGAGUACAUGCCCAAUGAUACCCUUGCUAAGCAUCUCUUCCACUGGGAAAAUCAGACCAUUGAGUGGGCCAUGCGAUUAAGAGUUGCUCUUUUCAUUGCUGAAGCAUUGGAUUAUUGCAGUAGUGAAGGCCGUCCGUUGUACCAUGACUUAAAUGCAUACCGGGUUCUCUUUGAUGAGAAUGGUGAUCCCCGGCUUUCAUGUUUUGGGUUGGUGAAAAACAGUAGGGAUGGAAAAAGUUACAGCACUAAUCUUGCCUAUACUCCUCCUGAAUAUCUUAGAAAUGGAAGGGUGACUCCAGAAAGUGUUAUUUUCAGUUUUGGGACUGUCCUUUUAGAUCUUCUCAGCGGGAAGCACAUACCUCCAAGUCAUGCUCUUGAUAUGAUUCGGGGUAGAAACAUUCUUCUCUUAAUGGAUUCGCAUCUUGAGGGUAACUUUUCAACUGAAGAGGCAACUGUGGUUUUUGAUCUUGCUUCACGAUGUUUGCAAUAUGAACCUAGGGAGCGGCCAAAUACCAAAGACCUUGCUGCAACACUCACCCCACUGCAAAAUAAAUCUGAUGUUUCAUCUUAUGUGAUGCUGGGAAUUCCAAAGCACGAGGAAGCGCCUCCGACUCCACAACACCCUCUUUCUGCCAUGGGUGAUGCCUGUUCAAGGAUGGACCUGACAGCUAUCCAUCAGAUUUUGGUAAUGGUACACUACAAAGAUGAUGAAGGAACCAAUGAGUUGUCUUUCCAGGAAUGGACCCAGCAGAUGAAAGAUAUGUUGGAUGCAAGGAAACGAGGAGACCUUGCAUUUCGUGAAAAAGAUUUUAGAUCUGCGAUAGAUAAUUAUUCUCAGUUCAUAGAUGUUGGGACGAUGGUCUCUCCAACUGUCUACGCCCGGAGAAGUCUUUGCCACCUCCUUUGUGAUCAACCAGAUGCUGCCCUCCGAGAUGCAAUGCAAGCGCAAUGUGUCCAUCCCGACUGGUCCACGGCGUUUUACAUGCAGGCAGUUGCUCUUGCUAAACUAGACAUGCACAAGGAUGCAGCUGACAUGCUGAAUGAGGCUGCUGGCCUUGAAGAAAAGAGACAGCAGAGAGGGAGAUGAUC